GUGACGAUCUAAAGAAUCUGUCCCGACAGUAGACCAUCUAUUCACUGACGAUAGAGAUAACUUAGCUAAGUAAUGAAAAAAAUUAUUGUGCUGUUGGGGGUUGUCGCCUGCUCCUACAGUUCCCAUUGGGACUUUGGAAAUCAUGGCGGCGAGCUUACCUUGGGAGAAAUUUCCGUAGGCCAUCAUGACUUGGGAGCUUUUAGCCUGGGAGGAACAGAAAGUCAUUCCUUAGAUUUGUUGGGAGGUCAUUUGCCAAUAAAAAUCAGUGAUUGGCACUCGGGCAUCGGUGGUCUUCACGGAGUCAAUGUUAUUCCCAUUAUUAAGCAUAUUGGAAUACCGAUAAUCCAAAAAAUUCCAAUCAGCAUAUCACAACCGAUGGUGGAAACAGUUCCGCAGCCUUAUCCUGUUCCCCUGGUAGUACCGAAACCUGUACCGUUCCAGGUGGAAAAGCAGGUAAUUAAGACCGUCGAGAAGAAGAUACCGACGCCCGUCGAAAAAAUAAUUCCGGUUAAGAUCGAAAAGCCGGUGCCAUUUCACGUGGUAAAGCACGUGCCCGUACCAGUCGAAAAGCCGAUUCCGAUCAAGAUUCCAGUCUACAAGACUAUCGUGCAUAAGAUCAAACAUUGAUUCCUCGUGUUACGAAAGUACCUUUCUCCCUCUUUGUUGUUGAUACAUCCUUUUCAUUCCGUACAUCCGAUCGAAGACUAAUACACUGUACGUGAAGACAAAAUGUUAUUUCGUACUAUUGCAUUGUGAAACAAUUAUUAAAAUGUUUUCAUUAAUGGAA